UAUUGGAAUAAUUUUUUAUCAAUAAAAUAAUGCAAAGAAUUAAAUUUCUGAAGAGAAAAUGUCGAAAAAGAAUAUAAAAUUUGAGGAGUUCAUCGAAACCCUAACGAUUUUCCGACGUAGCCUGAUAUUUCAAACAAAGGAGUUCUUUCAAAAUUCUACCUUGCAUGGUGUGCGGUAUAUUGCGGAAACGGGGCGACCAAUUGGAGAGAAGUUUAUGUGGUUUUGUUUUACAUCGAUCGGCACGAUUACUGCCUUAGUUAUCAUCAUGAGUCUAUGGGAAAAGUUUCAAACUAAUCCAACAAUAACAGGUUUAGAUACUGAUUUUCAUAAUCAGAAUGUUGUGUUCCCCACAACAGUGAUCUGUCCAGAAAUAAUGUUCAGUCAAGAACAAUCGUAUGAUGUAGCUUACAAAGAGUUAAGUAACAAUGAUGAGAACACAGCUUUGCUUAUACAACCUUUUCUCGAAAAACUACCGUCUUUAUCAUUCAAAAAUCUUAAGGAAGGGAUUGAGUUAGUGAAAGAUAUACCAUUGGAACGUUUAAAUACACAGUCGUUGCGCCACUGGGCUUUUAAGGUUAACGUUAGCUGCGAAGAUGUUAUUUCAUUCUGUAAAUACCGCGAUGAAGUUAUCAACUGUUGCGCUUACUUUGAUCCAAUCUAUACGGAACAUGGAUUUUGUUUUGCUUUUAACAGUCGUUUCAAAUCUUUACCGAAUGAUGAUCAAAAAUCUGGUCCGGCUCAUGAUCUUUAUGAAACAGAUAAGAAGUGGGCUUUGUUUUUUGUACCCAAUGGAACAGCAGAGAUUUUUAUAUUUUCUAAUCAGGAAUAUUUCGGUAAGGACUACAAUGCACAAAUCGAAUGGAGCGAUGGUGAAACUGCCGAGGUGCGAAUAUCGAAAAAAAAUACAUACACCACAGAUGAUGCCAGACAGUUAACAAUUGGUCAAAGAAAAUGCAUUUUUUUCGAUGAAGUAAAACUACAAUAUUUUCCGGAUGAAUAUACUUUUUCGUCUUGCAUGAAAGAAUGCCGCAUUAAGAAAGCUCUGAAGUUAUGCAAAUGUAAUCCACAUUUCUAUAAACCUCUACCAAAUGUGCCCAUGUGCACCAUAGCUGACUUUGAAUGCCUAGACAAGUUCAAAAACAAUAUAACAACCAUUAAGGAUUGCGUACAAUGUGAGCUGAGCUGUUCGAAAACAGUUUUUAAUAUCGAAAAAUUAAGUAAAACACGUGAAGAAACAAAACAACAUGGGGUUCUAGUUGAAUUUUUGACCUGGCCUAUUAUACGUUAUAAGCGUGAAGUACUAUUUGGUUGGGUAGAUUUAUUAGUAUCAUUUGGUGGUAUUGCAAGCUUAUUUCUCGGUUUCUCUCUACUAUCCGGUGUGGAAAUUAUAUACUAUUUCACUUUACGUGCUUGCUGUAUGGUGUAUAAAAAUAGAGAAGAACUUGAAGAAAUUGAAGAAAAAAUAAAGCUACAACCACCACCUCCAAUAGAUCUUACCUUUAAAAUACGACGUCGCAGCAACAUGCGUGUGCAGUUGAAUGAUAUUAAAUCUGAUGAUGACAGCAUCAUGCGAAAUAAUCUAAAUAAUACAAAUAAAUCAAAUGAUAAAGCAAUACAUUUAGAUAAACAUAAUAAAUUAAAAUUAAAUGUAUCAUCACAAAGAGAGCAUAAGAAAAAGGAAAAGGGUUACAUUAGCUAUGCUAAAUCCUUAUUUAAAGCUCCAAAAAUCAUUCCUCAGUAUGCAGACGAAAAAUCUUGGCAAUACGGACAAUAUUUACCAUAAACAAUAAUACAAUUUAUUUUGCAAAUUUUAAAACUUUUUAUAAUUAAAUUUAAU